AGAUCUCAUAUAUGAUUACUUUGAGGUUCUUCCUGGCUAUAAGCUUCGAUGUCAUAUCUGUUCUCAAUGUUAUCUGAAUAUAUUAUCACGUGUGGACAAUCUUAGCCAGCAUCUUUGUAAAGAGCAUAAAGAAGCAUUUGAAGAGCUUUCUCUAAAAUACUUUUUGCGAGAUUAUGCAUACCUUCAAUAUAAUUAG